CAAACACGCCGCAAUAUCGAGAAAACACCUUUCGACAGCGACCACGGCCUGCAUCCACUUCAAACGCGCAUGGGAGGUUUGACUCCGACCUAAUCUCAUUACGAGCUAUCCAACCAUACCAAUCUUGACCACGAUCCAGAUAUAUCGGACUUAGCGCUAUGAGCGACAGCCCCGAUCUUCCAGAGAUCGAGGUCCACCCCGCCCCGGCGGAGGACCCACCACCCACCCAACCAUCCGCCGAGCAACACCCACCCCAUGAGUCCGCCGGCCAUGUUGAUGGAGGCGAGGGUGACGAAAAUGUACUCCCCGAUGGCUUGGACCUCAACCUAGCUGCUGCACUGAGCGCCAUCCCGCCGGAGGACGACGAGAUGGUGGAUCACGAGCAUGGCCAGCUCCAAGCCCUCGACCCCGAUACACUCGCCGAUCUGGCUGCGCUGAGCCGCAUGGAAGACGAGGAGGAGGGAGGAGGCGAGCUUGUCGUCGAUGAAGGACAAGACUUCGCCGAGCUGAUCGGGCAGGCGAUCACCAACGAGCAGGUCCAGGAGUUCGUCGACACGUUCGGCCAUGUCCAGGAGGAGGAGCAGCACGAGAGCUCUGCACCUACACCCUCAGCUCCGCCAUCACAACCCUCGCAACAGAUACCCCCUGCAUCUCGUCGCGUCGUGCACGACUUCCGCUCCGAUAGAGCGCAUUCCACGGACGAGUCGGACAACGAACGGCGGGACCCCGACAGUUUGUACUAUACAGAGAACGGCAAGGUCAAGCGACGGCGCAAUCGCACCGUCUUGAGCUGCACAGAGUGUCACCGCAGGUGCGAUCGGAACAUUCCUUGCGGCCGAUGUAUCAAGCGCGGUGUUCCCAGCAUGUGCCAGAUGGAGGCACCGCCGGGCACUCAGCGCAAGCGCCCACGACCAAACGAGGAUGUACCGGUCAACUACGAGCUGGGAAGACGUGUCCAAGCGCUUGAAUCACUCAUUCGUUCUGCGCGCGAGACGGACCCGGAUGCGACUUCGUCUGUGGCAAUGGAGACUGUCAUGCAGGCCACUCGGGCCGCAAACAACGGGCAUCCUGAAGCGGUGAACGCACUCGCACAGCUUACCGACGUCAGCAACAACAUGGCCCAGCUCACCCCGGAGGCGCAGAGUUCCCUCCUGAUGGACGUUCUACAUCAACUCUCAAAUGCCAGUCUUGGGCGAAGUGGCGAGGCCAGCUACUCCGAUCUGCGCGAUACAUGGUCUGCGAUCCCGUUGGCUCAGGCACAGAGCACUGUCCAGAUUGAGGAGGCACACGAAGCGGACGACGCGCCAAAUAAGCUUAAUGUCGCGGUUCACGGGUUCCGUGAUGACAAGGGCAACCUCUACCGCCCACCGACAGUCAAGCAUGCCGAGAAGAAGUUGCGAGAGGACCCCGACCUCUUCAAUGUCACACUUCCGAUCGAGGGGUACGCUCCAUUCCUUGACCUCGGCACACGCUUGGGGUACGGCGAAGACAGCGUGGCGUACAAGAACAAGCGAAUCGCAGCCAUCCAGACGAUGAGCGUCACCGGCGGGCUACGGAUGGCGGCGAUUUUCCUCAGCCGCUUCCCUGCGACUGCGAGCAUGCGCUCCGUCCUCGUUCAGACGCCGGCCGCCGAGGAGGAUAUCGCGGCGCUGCGUGACGGCGGGCUCGACGUCAAGAUGAUCCGAUUCCUUGACCACAAGACCGGUCUGGUUGACUGGGAUGGCUUCCGUGAGGAUUUGCAGUCUGCCCCUCCGCGCUCCGCGGUUCUGCUGCACAUUAGCGGAGGCCUCCCUACCGGCGCCGACCUCACGGCCCAGCAGUGGCGCCAGCUCACCACUUUGCUGCUGGAAAAGCACUUGAUUCCCCUGGCUGUGAUGGCCUACCAGGGUCUGUCGAGCGGCGACACGAACCGCGACGCACAGCCCUUGCGGUACAUGGUGCAUGAGGGUCUGCCCGUCGUGCUGGUGCAGGGCUUCGACUCAACGAUGGGGCUCUACGCCGACUCGCCGGCCAUUAUGAGUGUUGCCACGCAGAAUACGAACGACCGCGACCGAGUCGACUCUCAGCUUCGCAAUAUUGCGCGUGCGCUGUACUACCAUCCUCCUGCGUGGGGCGCGCGCCUCGCGCACAUCGUAUUGAGCGAUGUCCGCGUCAAUAAAGUGUGGCUGAGCGAGGUGCACGCGUUGGCCAUGCGACUGAAGAGUGUCCGUGAGAAGCUGUACGAGCUGCUCGCGAACAAAUUCAAGACGCCCGGUAACUGGGAGCACAUCAAGCGGGCGUCGGGCAUGUACAUCACGCUCCUGCUCCCACAGGCACAGCUCGAGGCGCUCACCGCCAAGCGGCACAUUCACCUGCUCCCCGAGUCGUGCGUCAACCUCGGGUGCCUGAACGCGGCCAAGCUAGAGUCACUCGCGCGCGCCGUCGACGCCGUGGUGCGCGACGCGGCGCGCGAGGCAGAGGAACAGGCGCAGGCGGCACGGCAGAUGGAGCUCGCGCUCAAGGUUGCACGGGAGCGCGAGGAGCAGGCCGAGGCCGAGGCUGCGCUCGAGGCUGCGGCGGCUGCAGCGGCCGCGGCAGAGGCCGAGUCGCGCAUGUUCAUGGAGCAGAGCAUCCAGCAGGCUAUGGAGGCGCAGCGCGCGCACGAGGAGGAGGAGGAGGCACAGCGCACCGACCAGGCGAGCCUCCUCGAGGAAGUCAGGAAGGCGGCGCAGCGCGAAGAAAUCGCAAGACAGGCGGAAAUGAUCGUCGGUCAGAUUCAUGGGUAUUAGUGUAUAUUCUGUAUCGUUGUUGUAUGGCAUGUUGUGCGAGUGG